GACAGUCUUCGGUACGAACUCAAAGCGCCAAGUCGAAGCUCAGCUCAGCUCAAGUCGCGGCAAUUUUUGCGUGUCGCGUAACGUUCAACAGAAACCACACACACACACUCGCACAACAAAAAUAGACGAAGCCGAAGGCACACGAAUCGUCGUCGUCGUCAAGUUGCUGACCAAACUGUGCGUGAAAUUUGGUUGUUUUUUCUCUAAAUUUAUUAAUAGCUAUUGUGCGAAUGAGAUAAAGAGAGAGAGCACUAUAUAAAAAAACAUCUAAACUAGGAAUUAAACUUGAUCUUCUUUUGCCGCACGCGUCUCUAUCAAGGCGAUGCCAUAAUGGAGCCAAUGACCAUGCUGGUGUUGGCCUUCCAGCUGCUGGCGCUCUUCUCGAUCGCCGGCGCGCUGUUGAUCUAUCUGAUAUGCAAGGUGCGCGAGGAGAGUCAGGCGUGCAACGCGGAACAGCCCGUCAGCCGUGUGGUGCUGGUGACCAGCGCUGACACCGCACUCGGUCUGCAGCUGUGCACGUAUCUGGCGAACAAGGGAUGCCGAGUGUUUGCUGGAAUGAAGGAGGCAAAGGACUCGCUGCCAGCGAAACUGCUCUGUGGCUGGAUGAAGAUACGCGAGUACAGUGAGGAACCCAUAAGUGGCACAAUCAUUCCGAUGCGACUGGACGUGACACGCGAGGAUGUGCUGCGUGAGGCAACGAUUGCCAUGGGCGCCCAUUUGAAUGCCAACGAACGUGGCAUUGCGGCGGUGAUCAAUACGAGCGGCAGCGUUUAUCGUGGACGUGUCGAGUCGCAGGAUGUGCAGCAAUGGGAGCACAUGCUGAAGACCAACAUCCUCGGCACGUUGCGUGUGGCCAAGGCAUUUGUCGGCUUCCUGCGUCCGACGCGUGGUCGUCUACUUUAUUUGGGAGGCAGCACAGCGGGCGCCAGCAUGGGUGGCGAUGGUCUGGUUGCGUUCAAUGCAUCGCGUGUAGCGGUCGAGAAGUGUGCCGAUGAGCUGCGCAAGGAGCUGCAGCCGUAUGGCGUCAAUAUUGUGGCACUCGACACUUGCGGCAUGACCGUUGAGUCGCUCUACAAGGCGCCCGUGGCGCAGACCAUCUCGCAGGUGCCCGGCGCUCCGACACAGUAUACGGCGGAUGUUUUAAGUGCCAGCGCCCUGCAGGUCAUUGAGCGGGCGCUGUGGGAUUAUACGCCGCAGCAGCGCUACACGUUGCUCUCCCACAACAAGUAUCAAUUCACGUUGCCAUGCCGCUCAUCCUUGCGUCUACAUCGUCCCAGCAGCGAGUCGCCGGUCGCCGCCACGCAGUCCGUCUAAACAAAGCAAGCAAAGAGAAAAGCACAUUUUUUUGGGAAGAGAAUUCGCAAUCGAAGCCGAAACUGAAACCGCAACUGAAACCGAAACCGAAACCGGAAAUUACGAUUGCAGCAGCUAAACAACUUUCUUUCUUUCUGUACAUAUGUUAAACGCGUUUCAAUUGUGCAACAUGCAACACUGCAACACAGCAAACUCUGCAUCUUUCGUCCUUCGUCUAAAGCAUCCUUGUCUGUAUCCUUAUGUAUCUGCAGCUUCGAUCUUCUACGGUUUUUUUUUUGUUUGCUGAUUAUUAUUAAUAUUAUUACGAUG